CUUCGACUUCCUAUAAGAACAGAAGAUAUCUUUCGUUGUGAAAUGAUCUGCUAAAUAGAGAGAGAGUGAUAAACCCUAGCCGCUCUUUCAAAUUUCCUCUCCUCUAAAACCCUGAUCUCUCUCUAAUCUCUGGCAUCAUUUCUCGAAGAAGGGUUGCAUCAGUCUUUCUGUUGCUGGAGAAGGUUUCCAGAAAGUGGAACUGUUUGUUGGCAAUUCUGAUUAUGUUAUACUAUUUUAGUAGCUUUGGUCCUUAUUCUGAUUCAGGCAUAUUAUCCGUCAAUUAUUGGCUUUGCAAGUGCUUCAAGUUUCUGAUUCUUGGAAUACAUUCAAAAUGGCAUUCUGCAAUAGAUUCGGAGGCGUUUUGAGGCAGACCAUUUCACAGAACAGUGCAGUAAAUGGACCAGUUCCUAUGGCAUCUAUGAUUAACUGUAUUCGUUGCAUGUCAUCAAAGCUUUUUGUUGGAGGUCUUUCAUGGGCAACUGAUGACAUGGCUCUUAAAGAUGCAUUUUCUAGCUUUGGUGAUGUUACUGAAGCGAGGGUUAUCGUUGAUAGAGAGAGUGGAAGGUCUAGGGGAUUCGGCUUUGUACAUUUCACCUCUGAGGAAUCUGCUAACUCUGCGAUGACUGCUAUGGAUGGACAGGAUUUGAAUGGGCGGAGCAUUCGUGUGACUUAUGCCACUGAAAGACAAAGUGGCGGCGGCGGUGGCGGUGGCGGUUAUCGUGGUGGAGGUGGUGGUGGUGGUUAUGGUAAUGAUGGUUUCUAAGCCACUGUUGGCUGGUUAUGCUGCCCAUAGGCGUGGGCAAAGUUGAUUUUCAAAUGGUCUUAUUUUCAAGUACGGAAUGGUAGAGAUGCGGGUUUUAUUUUCAAAUGGAUUUAGUAAACAGCUUAUUUAUGAGAUUUUUAAUAUGAGACUCCACAGUUAUUGCU